UUUCUUACUAAACAAAUCAAAAUUUGGUUUGGUUCGAUCCAAAAUCCCAGGCCUAGACUCUACUAAUUGUGAUUUUGGUUUGGUUCGAUUCAAAAUACAAGAAUUGUCCGUUACAAACUUCAUCAAAGAACCGACCCUUUCAUCAUCUUUUUUCUUUUUAGUUACCUCCCGGCCCUUUCAUCAUUUUAGUGAAACGGUCACAGUUUAUUGGGGAAAGCUGGUGGGAUCUGUGAGACCCAUGACAACUUUAAUAACAAUGCCAAAUGCUAUUAGCUGUAUAGGCAAGUAAUUUUAAAGGUAAUUUGGCUUUUUCUUAGUUGUUAAAGAUGUUUUUUUAAGAUGGUAUUUCAAACAGUUUAAACUACAUAUUCUUUUUUUUUUGGAACUUUUACAUAUUCUUUUACUUUUAAACUAAAAAAACUGCAGAUUCUUGUUGAUAAAGAAACCGAGCGUUUCAUCAUCUUAAAGCAGCAAUAUAAAAAAAAAUUGAUUAUUGGCUUAUGCCUAAAGAAAAUGGAAAAAAAACGUUGACAAACAAAAUAAAAGAAGAAAAGAAAUACGUUACGUAACACUAUAGGUCGACAACAAUAUAAAAAUGAAACAUAUAAAUAUAAAUAAAUUUAGCUUCAUAAAAAUACAAAAUAUAAAUUUAGCUGCAACUGACUAAAAAAUUAUAUCUUUCAAUAAAACAAAUUCUGGCAAAGCCACACGAAAUUUAUUUGACACAUAGUAAAUUAAUUUUUAUUAAUAGAUGUACUUAACUUUUCAGAAAAAGUCUAUUUAAACUAAUAUGUUCAGUAAAAAAAUCUUUGUACAGUUCUUUUCGUUUUGUAGAGAGUGGAGUUGUUUGACAUGAACACACAAAUUUGAAGCGGUGAAGAUUGUCUUAUUAUGAAGAGUGUGGCAGUACAACAUUUUAAGUGAUGUCUAUGAGUGACACAGCUUCAAGGUGCAUGGAGAUGCAUUUGUAUUCUCUAGUGUUUAUUGGUUUUGGUAGUUUUUGGAGAAGGAAUAUAUGUAUCAUCUAAAUUGUCUUCUACUUAAUAUAUGAUUUUGGAUGUAUAGAAACGGACAUUACCAUCUUAGCGUAACCGUUUUCUUUAGUCUACACGAUUCCAUCCUCGAGCAUAUCGGUUUGGUCUUUUGUGAUAGGUCGUGUUCUCUGUGUGCCAAAUGCCAUUUGCCUAUUGCAUGCCAAAGACCAAAAACAUGCAAUUUCGGUUUGUAACUGCAAAACAAAAACCUUCUGUAACUGAAAUAGAACUUUACUUUUUAAAACACAUUGUUAUUUUUUUAAUUUUAAUACAUUUGUUUUAGUUUUAUCCUUCACAUAAUUUAUUGAUUAUGCUUUUAAACAUAGAAGAUUCCAGCAUUUCAUUUUGAAAGGACAUGCAAGCCAAUUCGCCUACAUUUCUCCUAACAAAACGAUAAUAAAAAGAUUUUAUAUAUUACUUUUGGAGGAAGUAUAAUUGGAUAAUGUAUGUGUAAGUCACUUUGGGUAUCUAAAUAUGAUGGAAUGUCUUGACUUCUUCCUUCAAUUAACACUACAACUAGUAAGUCAUGUACAAGUCCUUUUUUGAUCCACUUUGUCACUUUACUAGAAAGCAUCUUCUUUGUUGAUGCUUAGAGAUGAACUACACAAGAUAGUAUGUAAUGUCGGAUUUGCUAUAUGGAUAGCGCUUUUAAAGGAAAGUGACAUUAUUGAGUGGAUUUUAUAACCCUAAAUAUAGAAGCUGGUCCACAAUCUGUCUUUCCUGUUGACGUCUAAUCCAUCAGUGAUGUAAGAUUUUGGUUGGAAAGAAAUGUGUAAGCGACAUCGAUAGACAUUAGCUUUUAAACUAGUGAGUUCCAUUGUCUCUAGUGAAUAAUGAUAAGAAAACAUGAAUCACGCACUACCUUUUUGCAUAUGCAUAGCACCAUAUUGUCAUAUGAACUAAUACCACGAAUCAUACAUUGUAAUUUGAACAAGUGAUCAGUCGAUCUGUAACUACAUGUUUAGUUGCAUUAUCGACAACAUUAAUGGUAUGAUAUUUUGACUGCAAUGAUAUAACAAAUAUGUAAACAGUUAUUACAAAUAUAAACAUUUUCUAUAUUUACCUAGCUGUACCAAUCGAAAAAACUAUUUCCAUUUUAUGCGUCACAAUUUACAAUAUAUACACAUGCUAGGUUGAUUCUAUGGGAUUAGAAUUUAGUAUGUAGUAUUUCUGUGCAUUUUAUGCGUCACAAUUUUCUAUAUUUUAGUUGUUUGUUUGUUAUAACUUAGGAACUUCUAACUCGAAGGCGUAUCUAUUUGAUAUCUUAUAAAAAUUUGAUUCAGGAUUUCGUUUAUAUUUACCUAUGGGUCUAUGAUAAUGUUUAGACCCAAACGAUAUGGGCCCAUAAAUCGAAGAUGAUUGAUCUGUAUAUUAAAACGAAAGCUAUGCUACAGCCAAAAGGUUGAAGUCUAUAUAUAAAAGAGUGAACAAAUCAGUUUUAAGAAAUUUGAGAUAUAAUCGUAUAUUAUGUAUUCGGUAAUAUGGGUUAUACAUUAUGAUCUAUGUAUUAGAUUCUAAUAAUGUCGAUACCCGAAUCUCGUUUGCAUUCAGGAGAAUUCAAACAUAUGCGAAUAUUAGUAUUUUUUCAAUUUUAAAGUAUUUGUUUGUUAAUGUAUAUUUCCAUCUUAAUAGUUUUUUUACCUAAUACAUUUUAUAAUUCACUUUUUUAUCGAUGUCAUUCAAUAUUCAUAUAUACUAUGUGACUUUUAUGCGUUUAUAUAUGGAUACAAAUAUUUACAAAAUACAUAACUUAGCAUAAUUUAUUAAUAUUUUAUUUUCAAUUUUAAAAGUUUUAAAUAGUUUUGUAAUAUAAUUUUAUAUAUUAAAAAUAAUAGGAUAUUAUUUUAAAUAUAUAUGUAACUUUUCUCAUAAAAAUUUAUCGGUUCACUUUUUUGAAUAUUAAAUUACAUAUAUUCCUCAUAAUUAUACUGUAAUUGUUUCGUAAUUCUAAAUAGAUUAAAAUUAAAUUAAUCAUUUUCUUGCUUUUAGCUUGGUUUAGUUUGUUGGACUUAUAAUAUAUUUUUGUUAGAUUAUAUAUAGUUUGAUAUAUAUAUUAAUUUAGAAAAAUAUUGUCGGUUUAAAAUUGCAUAACUAUAUAAUAAUAUUAUAUGGCUGACUUAGUUAUGCCUUUUAUUUUGAGUAUAAGAAUCAUGAUGGUCACUUACUCAUUAUUUAAGUAUAUUGAGUUGUAUAUAUUCGUUUAAAAUGAAUCACAACUAUUGUUUUGUUCUAAUCAGAUUAAACUGAUUAAUUUUUAUUGUAUUUAUUUUAGUUUAAUUUUUAUAUUUGAAAGUAUAUUAUUUAUUUUUUAAAUAAAAUAUUUAUACUUUUUUGAAACUAUGUUUUAUGUAUAGAAACCUAUAUAUUUUAAAAAUCAUAGAUUUCUUCUUUUAUUUAUCUUGUGUUAUGAAAAUAUGAAAAAAAUUAAAAGUUGUUAUGAAUAUAUACUUAUAACUUAUAAUAUCUAUAUAUAAUUACUAAAUAUAGAUCACCUAGAUGAAUGCAUAUAUCUAGAUAUUAUAAGUAAAUAAAAUAAAAAUAUUAUUUAUAUACAUGCAUGAACACGGGAGACUCAACUAAAAGUAAAAGUAAUUUGUAUAUAUAUAUAUAUAUUACUUCUUAAUUUUUUGUAACUUAAAAAACUGAUCAAAAUUUAUUUGGCUAAAACAUUUACUUUAUAUUUUAAUUUGAUCGCACAUGUUUAUUAUAUAUUACUUUUAAAAAAUAUAUAAUCUGUUCAUGCUAUUUAAAAUACUUUUAUUUGGUUAAAAUUAUUUUAAUAGUGAUAAUAUUGUUUUAUCUUUUGAAAUAAGAAUCUAAAAUCUUUUGUGAAAUUAUAUAUAUAUAUCUCUGUAUUUUAAAGCUUAUAGAUAUUUUCCUUUCCUAUUUAUGCUGUUUUAUAAAAAUAUUAAGAAAAUUAAAAUCUGUUAUGUAUGUAAGAUCUAUGUAUUUUAUAUAUGUUUACAUUUUAUUAUUUAUUUUAUUGUUAAAAACUAAACCAUAAAUUAUAAUUAAAAUAUUUAGGAAAAAAAUAAAAUAAAAAUAGUUUAUGAUAAUUAUUAGUUCAUCAAAGUUAAUUUUGCAAUUAACUAUUAUGAGACCAACACGUAAAAAUUGACUUUUCAAAUAAUAUUAUAUAGAUAACCUAAAUAUUCUUUAUAUAUCGCGUAAUCUAAUAAAUAAUGUUUAUGUAUUUAUGAUUGAAUUUUUCUAAACAAAGUCAGCCUUUCUUUUUUCUUUAACCAAAAAAAAAACUUUUCUUUCAUCCGUACAGCAGUACCAUGCGUUACGGUUAAUAAUACCCAAACAUAAGUUUAAAUGCAUGGGAGUAAAUGAGAGACUUACUCUUCAAUAUAAUUUGUAUGCUUACAGAACAAUUUGGGUUAUUGUAAAUAAUACUUUUCUGUUUUAUAAAUUUGCCAUUAUGACAUUUUUUUCUUAUUAUAUAAAGAGGAUUAUUUUGAUAAUCUCAAUAUAAUAUAUAAUUGCUUUAGUUUUAAUAAUAAUUGUAAAAUAAAUUGAUACUACAAAUAAUUUAUCUAUCUCAAUUAAUAUUGGUUAAAUAGAUAUAACAAAUAAAAAGUAAAUGAAUUUAAAAAAAAAAGAGCAUGGUUGACUAUUAAAUGAAUUUAAAUAUUGGUCUAAUCUAUGUAGAAAAUGUUAAAGUUACACUCUUUAUGAGCAUGGUUGACUCAAUAAUUUUCUAGACUUUAGGGCAAUACAAAACUAAUACCCUUUAAACUUUGUUUUAAUGUUUAAUAAUCUUUUAAAAUAUUAUACAUAAUUUUUGAAAUAAUAUUGCGAUAAGAUUUAAAAUAUAUUCAUAUAAAAUAUUUUGGGCCUUUUAUUAUAUUUUUUAAAUAAAAGUACAGAUAAUUUCAAAUUUCAAAGUUUUAACUAUGUUGGAUUAGAUUCGAAAAUAUCACACCGUUUGUUCCUUAUUUAAACCGUUUUUUGUUCGUGAAACAGAAAAGAAUAUUAAUAAAAUAUUCAGAAUGGUUUAAGAAACUUAGUUUCUCCUAAUUAUUAAAUCAUGCUAACAUACUUUAUUUUCCCCAUGAUUAAAAACUACUUAUUUUUACAUGCUUCUUUCUCCUAAUUUUUUUUUUUUUUUCUGAAACACACUUCUUUCUCCUAAUUACAAACUACUUUUGCGUUCUUAACCACAAAGUACUGGAGCCUAAAUAAACUGAAAACCAUUAAAUAGCCAUUUAUCAGCAAAUCAAGUGUCUUGCAUGCAGCUUAACUUGUUCACUUUUUUCUUGCAUACGUGUUAAUAUAACAUUAGAUUCUCAUCACUUGUUUCCUUAACGUACUUUUUUCUGACAAAGGGCUUAAUCCUUAACGUAUAUUUUCACGUACUUUUAAACUAGACGGACAAUAUUUUGACAACUAGACUGUAGACGUUGAGAAUAACUGACUACAUUUUGACUUUUGAUUAAAGGCGAAAAGAAAAAGAAAUCGCUAACUAAAGAUUAAUAAUUAUUGUUUUCUUUAAAAACAAAAGAUUAAGAAUUAUUGCAAAAUAUAAUAUUUUAAAAGAAAAUGUUGAGUUUUAAUAAAUGACAGUGAUUAUUUUAUACAUGAAUAUAAGCAAAUAAAAAGUCGUGGAAACUAUUUAUAAGAUUCUUUGAAAAAUGAUUUAAGAGAUUGUCAAAAAUGGUAAAAAAAUAAUAUUAUCAUGUUCUAAAAUACGACAAAAUAUAUUAUUAUGAUGUUUUGUCAACUUUUAUUAUGAUAUUUGAACAUUAUUUUUAAAAUAAUAUGUUAUAAUUCACUGUGUAAAAAUUGUUAGUUAAAAUCAAGCAUUCAAUUUUUAAUCGAUGAUUAUUUAAUGAUGAUAAAUCUAAAUUUUGGAGUAAAAUAUUUUUCUUUUACAGAGAAACUUUUAAUAAUUAAUUAAUUACUAAUUUAGUUUACAAGAAAAUUUUAAAUAUAACUGAUGAAUAGUAUGAUUGAUAUUAUAUAUUUUUAAUAUUUUAAUUUUAUUCAUUAUAAUAACGACAAAAUUGUCGUUAAAUUGCUAUAUAACAUUACAUACUAAAUUUUUACAGGUAUUAUACUGAAAAACUAGUUUUCAAUAUUCGAACCGCGACAAAAAAUAUCUUUGACACGGUUUAUUGUCUUUAACGAUCAAAACAUUUAAGAAUGUACAACGCUUUUAACACGCAUAAUUUUCAUGCUAUACAACAAAAAGAUAUUGUAUAUUGACAAAAAAAAAAUUCAUAAAUUAAAUAAGUAGGUAAAAAUGUAAUUUUAUUCUUUAACGAUCAAAACAUUUAAGAAUGUACAACGCUUUUAACACGCAUAAUUUUUAUGCUAUACAACAAAAAGAUAUUGUAUAUUGAUAAAAAAAAUUUCAUAAAUUAAAUAAGUAGGUAAAAAUGUAAUUUCAUAAAUUAUAUAUCUAAAUGUUAUUCCACAAUUCAUUAAUCAAAUUAAAUGACGUUUUAUAUUCUACAUUAAACAAUAGUGACAUUUUUAUGGAGUAUUUUUUUGUUAUAGUGUGAAAUCGUUAAAACCUGAUCAAACAAUUAAACUGAGAGAGGUAUUUGUAUUUUCAACUCAUUCUUGUGGUUCCGUACGUGAAAAGACAAUAACAAACAGUUUUGCUUUACCAUGAGUUAUUAAGAAUCAACAGGUGCAUAUGUUCCUUUAAGUAAUUUUGUUGUUUGGAGAACAAAAUCUAUCUCCUAAUCUGCAUAAUAUUUUUAAUCAGGAAACCCGAAGAAUAUAGUUGUAUAUCAAAUCUUAGUUUAAGCUACAUUAUGUAAAUGUGAAGAUCUUUCAUCUCGGGAUACAACUUUAUUAUAGAAAUCAGAACUCUGAUUUUUUACUAUCGCGCAACUAUUCUUUACAGUCGUGGUUUCAAAAUUCCCCAUUUGCAUUUUGAAAUCCUUAAUCUUCCAAUUUCAUCCAACCAAACAACAUUUUAUCGUUUUCAUAGUUUAAAUAAUUAGUAUGACAGAAAAUUUUGAUUAUAUCACAUUAUUUUCUUAUAGAUUAACUUAACUGUAUAAUAACAUUUUUAUUUUACAUACAAUAUUCAGUAUUUUGUCCCUUUCUAACCCAAAUCCAAACGAGAUUUUUAAAAUCUUAUUGAAAAUCAAUCCUAAAUGAGAAACAAAAGAUCUUCAGAAAAAAAAAACAAUUGCAUAUAUUUUGUAGAACUAAAAAGAUAUAUAUUGGUAAAUAGCAUUAACUUUUGCUUACUUUAGUCUAGAUUUUUACAUAAAUUAGCACACGGUAUUUUGUUGUUGUAUCUCUUUUUUCUAAAUUAGUAAAACAAAAAAAUAUCAUUAUUAUUUCUUUCUAAAAUAAAUUACAUAUGCACCACUACAACAAUGCCAGAUGUUAUAUUAGCGUGUCUACUUUAGGCCGCCUUUAAAUUGAGUUUUCUGUAGCCUGAGUAGUUUAUACAGACUUGAAAAUACACAACAAAAAUAUACAAAGACUAGCAGAAUGACUUUUGCCCAAUCUCUCAACAACCAAAGCUCUGUCUUGAGAAUCAAUAUUAUGGUUGUUGAUGAUGAUCCUGUCUCCCGUGAAAUUGUGUCACGCAUGCUUGAAAGAUCCAAAUACAGAGAUCCAUCUAUGGAGAUCACAGUUAUAGCUGUAAGAGACGCAAGGGAAGCAUUGUCUACUCUUAAAAUCCAAAGAAACAACAUCGAUCUUAUAGUCACAGACUAUUACAUGCCUGGCAUGAAUGGUCUACAACUCAAACAACAAAUCACUCGACAAUUUGGCAACUUUCCGGUCAUAGUUAUGUCAUCGGACACCAACAAAGAACAAGAGAGUUUAGCUUGUGGAUCGGUGUGUUUCCUUCCAAAACCCAUCAAACCGACUGACCUACCAAAGAUCUACCAAGUUGCUUUUACUUAUAAGAGGAAGGGUAAGUCCAUAUCAAGGACCGAGCACAACCACAUGGAUACAAAUGUUAGCAUCCCUCAGCAAAUCCAGUUGCUUCCUGAACAAGCUAAUGUCUCAAAGACCAAGAAGAACAAGAAGUUCUCAUCUAAAUCAGAUUCACGAUCUGUGAACAGUUUCAAUGGAAGUUGUGAUAGUACAGAUGGUUCACGAAAAAAUCGAAAAAGAAAAUCAAACGGUGAUUUUGGUGAUGAUGAUGAGUCUUUGCCGCAGCCUUCCAAGAAGAGUAAGCUUUCGUGGUCGGACUACCUUCAUGACCUUUUCUUACAAGCUAUCCACCAUAUUGGUCUUGACAAGGCUGUGCCAAAGAAAAUUUUAGAGUUCAUGGACGUAUCAUACUUGACAAGAGAGAACGUUGCCAGCCAUUUACAGAAAUAUCGAAAUUUUUUGAGGAAAGUCGCGGAAAAUUCAGGCAUGUUGCAUGGAAGAGGCAUGGAGCCGUACCAUAGUAACUACACAACCUCUUCUUCUUGGUACGACACAGGUCUUAACAACAAAUCUAGCUAUUCCAAACCUAGACACGGUCUUGGACAGUCUAGGCUCUUAUCCAACACAUGUGAACCUGUCCGCUUCAACCAGAUGCCUUACAACCACAUGAACCGGUUAUCUACCUAUGAGCCGCACCGUACUGGAUCAAACUUGACCAUGCCCAUCAAAAGCAACCUCAGUUUUUCAACGCAGCCAUUGCAAAACGAAGGAAGUAGAAGCUUUCUUGAAGCAACCGUGACGGCGAACAAAACUGGCCAAACAUCUCAAGUUCUCGGGUUUGGACAACAUGGAAUGUCGGCUAUAAAUGGAAAUAAUUUCAACGACAACACGAUGAGCAGCUAUGCAAGUUCAACUUCUAAUCAACCAAGAAUUAACAGCCAUGGAAGUUCGACUCCUAAUCAACCAGGAUUGAGGAGCUAUGGAUGUUCGAUAUCUAAUCAACCAGGAAUGAGUAGCUAUGCAAGUGUAUCUCCUAAUCAACUAGGAAUGAGCAGCUAUGGAAGCUUAACUCCUUAUCAACGAGGAAUGAGCAGCCUUGGAAGCUUUACUCCUACUCAACCAGGAAUGAGUAGCCAUAGAAGCUUGACGCCUACUCAACAAGGAAUGAGUAGCUAUGGGAGUUUAUCUCCUAGUCAACCAGGAGUGAGUACUCAACCAGGAAUGAGCAGCAAGGGAAGCUUGACUCCUACUCAACGAGGAAUGAGUAGCUAUGGGAGUUUAACUUCUUAUCAACCAGCAUUGAGCACCCAUGGAAGUUUAUUUCCUAAUCAACCAGGAAUAAGCAGCCACACAAGCUUACCUCCUACUCAACCAGGAAUGAGUAGCUUUGGAAGUUUAACAACUAAUCAUUCAGGAAUGAGUAGCUACGAAAGUUUAACUCCUACUCAACCGGGGCCUAGCAAUAUCUCAUACGGAUUGCUCUUAAACAAUGAAAACACUGCAUAUAAGCCUCAACCACAUGCCUCUACAACUAUACAACUGGAUAAUCUCAGCAUGUAUGAUGACCUCGGCAAUAUUAACGAGAUUCCUUGCGAUUUAAGUAACUUUGACUUCGAUCAUGACAAGCAACAAGAAGAAGCAGUAUCUGCCAACAAAUUUGAGAUCCCUGCAAAUCUUGAGACUGAACUGAAUCAGACUUCCUCUCUUGAAGAAGAUGGUGACUGGACCUUUCUGAACAUAAGUCAGGGUCAUUUUAAUGAAAAAACAUCAAACACUUUUGCUGCUCCGGAGACGAAUGAUCCAACUUUCAACAAAAACCCUAAUCAUGCUCAGGAACAAGAUGUUCCAGAUUUUGAUUGGUCGUUGUUGGAUUUAGAGAACUUGGCUAAUGAGAACGACUUCAUGGACUCAAUGUUCACCAAUGACAACUCAAUGUUCACCAAUGACAUGAAUUGAAAAGGGUUCGAUCGAUCCAAGAUGUUCUCAACGGCAAUGUUCUCAACGGCAAUGCAAAGUAGUUUUUAAAGCAAAUAUAUAUAAAGAAUAAGAGGUUUAUAGAUGUAUGGUUUAUGUUUGUGUAACAUAUUUCUAAGUGUUGGAUAUUAUGUCUCUUUUUCUCAGCAAGUGUUAGAUAAUGUGAACUUUUCAAUAUAUAUAGUAAUCUAUAUGGU